AUGGCGUAUCAACCGUCGCAAUACGGCCAGACGCCCGGAAUUCCUCAACAGCAAUUUUACCAACAACAGCAGUUUCAGCCAAAUGGAUUCCCUCAGCCGGGUGAGGAAUAAUCUUAUUUCUGCAAGUGUAAAGUAAGACUUUCAGGGCAACCAGCAAAACCAGUGCCGGGUCCAGGAGCAUACGCGCCGCCACAGCCAACAUUUCCGCAACAAGCGAACGGAGGAUAUCAUCAGAAUGGAGCGGCGAACGGAGCACCAGCUUAUUCGCAACCACCUGGAGCUGUUCCGCUUCAAAACCCAGCUCAGUUAGCUCAGUCAGUCAAUGCGAUGUCUCUAGGGCCGAGAGCAACUCCAAUCCCACAACCGCCAAGUCAAUUUUUAAAUAAAAUCUGAAUUUUUUCAAUAAACUGUUUCAGGCCAACCUGGAUAUCAGCCGAGUGGGAUUCCUCAAGCCAAGUCCUAUCCUGGAGCACCUGUUUCUGCUCCUCAGCCGCCACAGUUCCAACAACCAACGCAGCAGCCUACUUUCGGAGUUCCUCCACAAGCACAAGGUAAUUUUUUUUCUCUUUCCCUGUUCAACUCACUGGUUUUAGCUCCAACGCCAGUUCCCGGACCGCCUCAACAUCCGCCAACGCCAUCGUCGGCUCAAGCUUCUAUUCCUGCUCCACCAUCUGCUCCGGGAGCUCCACAAUUCAAUCAAGCACCUCAAUCCACCUUUUCUGGGGGUCCACCGCAGGCGCCAUUACAUCAGAUUCAGCAACCGACGGCACUUCGUCCUCAAAUACCCGGAUUCCCGCCAGCUCCAAAUGCGCCUGGAUCUUAUCCAGGGGCUCCAGCACAACCAGCAGCACCAGCUGCCUAUCCUGGUGCUCCGUCAGUACCGGGUGCACUGCAACAAGGAGCGCCAAAAAGCUUCCCACCUGGACCAGGAGCUCCAGGACCGUUCCAACAAGGACCAGGGGCACCGGCUGCAUUUCCACCAGGACCCGGAGCACCAGGAGCAUUUCCGCCAGGUCUAGGAGCUCCCGCAGCAUUCCCGACAGGGCAAGGAGCUCCAGGACAGUUCCAACAAGGACCCGGAGCACCAGGAGGAUUCCCACCAGGACCAGGAGGAUUCCCACCAGGACCAGGAGCGUUUCCGCCAGGUCCAGGAGCUCCCGGAGCAUUCCCGCCAGGUCCAGGAGCUCCCGGAGCAUUCCCGCCAGGACCAGGAGCUCCAGGACAGUUCCAACAAGGACCUGGAGCACCAGGAGCAUUCCCACCAGGAGCCCCAGGAGCUUACCAGCAAGGAGGAUAUCCGGGAGGACCACCACAGCAACGUCAGCAGCGUCUCGACCCAAAUGCGAUGCCGAGUGCCGUGCAAGUGAUGGACGACGAUACCGCUCGAUCUGGCUUGUUCCCAACGGGCUAUCCGCACGCUGAAUUGCCUCCGCUCGUGUCUACCUUCUCAUUUGCCCAGGAUCAAGGAAACUGCAACCCGAAGUUCAUGAGAUCGACCAUUUACACUGCUCCGCAGUCGAAUGACUUGCUCAAGUCUUCGCAAAUUCCUUUCGCCGUUGUCGUCUCGCCAUUCUCUGCUUUGAAUGAAUACGAGGUACAUUUUGAAAAUUCUAGUUUUCAUUUGUAAAAAUGCUUGUAAUUCCAGAAAGAACCGCCAGUCGUCGAUCUUGGACCACAAGGACCGAUCCGCUGCCAGCGAUGCAAAGCGUACAUCUGCCCGUUCAUGGAGUUCCAGGACGGUGGACGCUCAUUCAGAUGUCCGUUCUGUCACGCGAGAACGCCCGUCGAAGAAGCCUACUUUGCCCAUCUCGAUCACACUGGAAGACGGACUGACAUCGAUCAGAGACCAGAAUUGUGCCUAGGAGCGUACGAUCUGGUGGCCACCAAACAAUACUGCAAGGUAACUCCGAAGGCCCUUUCAAAUAUCCUUUAAAAUUAUUUCAGAACGGAAUUCCGCCGAAAGAGCCCGCAUUCAUCUUCAUGAUUGACGUCUCUUACAAUUCGAUUUCGAAUGGAAUGCUGCCAUUGCUGUGCCAGAACCUCGAGAAAGUGCUUCGAAAUCUUCCGAGGGAAAGCGGACAACUGGAGUCGACGAUUCGAGUAGGACUGGCCACGUACGACCAGGCCGUCCACUUCUUCGAUUUGUCCUCAGCGUCUCCGAAGAUGCUCGUGAUGAGUGAGGAAUUUUUACCUUUCCUGAUUUUUAACUUGACAUCAAUUCAGCUGAUGUGCAAGAACCAUUCGUACCAUUGGUCGAAGGACUUCUUCUCCCUUACAAUGAGGCUCUUCCUGGUCUCCGUGCUGCACUUGCCGAGAUUCCGAGAAUUUUCGCGCAGUCGAAAACAACUGAGACGAUCCUGCAGCCAGUUGUUCAAGCAGGACUUGAUGCUCUAAAAUGUGCAGAUCGUGCAGGAAAACUGAUUGUUUUCUCGACUGUUCUUCCGUCUUUCGAUGCUCCAGGCAAGCUGAAAUCGAAGAACGACCGAUCUCUACUCGGAACAGACAAAGAAAAGAGUGUUCUGGUGCCACAGGAGGAGUCGUACACGAAGCUCGGAGAGCAAUGCGUCAAGGCUGGAGUCACUGUUGACCUCUUCCUGUUUCCGAAUGCGUUCAUCGACGUGGCAACCAUUGGACAGUUGUCUGCCGUUACUGGCGGAUCCAUCUUCAAGUUCCAGUACUUCUCAGCUGAAAAAGACGGAAUCCGAAUGCUGAACGAGUUGGAGAGACACGUGUCGAAAAAGAUUGCGUUCGAUUGCAUGGCCAGAGUGCGAACUUCCACUGGAAUCCGUCCCAUCACAUUCACGGGAUCCUUCUACAUGGAGAAUUCGACGGAUCUCGAGCUGGCUUCCAUCGACGAGAGUAAGGCGUUCAUCACCGAAAUAAAGCACGACGAUACUCUGAAGGACCCGGCCGCAAUUGUUCAAACUGCCGUUCUCUACACUUCUAUCACCGGACAGCGCCGUCUUCGUAUUCUGAACUUGUGUCUUCCUGUUUCCGGCGACUACAAUCAGUUGUACAGACUUGCCGAUCCGGAAUCUUUGACGACGUUCAUGCUGAAACAGGCAGUGCAAUUGAACCGUGAAAAGGGACACGCGGAAACGAAGGAGUCUCUCUCCUCGAGAUGUGCUCAGUUCUUGGCCACUUACAGAGAAAAGUGCAGUGAGGGAGCUCCUUUGGGUCAACUGAUCCUUCCCGAGUCUCUCAAAUUGAUGCCGCUCUACGUGAACAGCAUUCUAAAGAACGACGCGAUCUCCGGAGGAAGCGAGAUGACCGUGGACGACAAAGUAUGGCAGAUGGAGCUGAUUCGCGGACUAAGAACGGAAGACGCAAUGCCUCUGAUCUACCCAAAAGUCAUUCCAGUUUCGGAUAUCGAAUUGCACGAGGGUGAAGAGUUGUCGGAACUUCCGAAGCCAGUGAGGGCCAGUUCUGAAUUCCUGAGCAACGAGAAGGCGUACAUCAUCGACAACGGAGUCGUCCUGUUCGUGUGGAUUGGAUCGCAAGUGGCGCAGCCGUGGAUUCAGGAUGUGUUUGGAGUCGGUGCUUCCAACCAAAUUGACAUGGAGAGCGUUAGUAUUCUGAAAAAAAGCUGUCGCAUUAAAUUCAUUCUUUCAGGGAGCCAUUCCGGAGAAGGACAAUGGUCACUCGAGAGCUCUCCGACGAAUGAUCCAAAUGUUGCCAAGUGGAAUCAGACAACGGAAGACGUUUGUUGUCGUCGAGAAGAGCGGCCUGGAGCCGUGGAUGAAGAAGUUCCUGGUGGAAGACAAACCGAGCUCCGGAUCUCCGCAGAUGUCGUACGUGGAGUUCCUCGUCGACGUGCACCGCAAGAUCCGCGAUCUCGUCUCCUAA